GUUAGCCCUCCUUAUACCCUUUAAAAGACAAGAAAGACAGAACUGUCGACACAGAACAAACAUACGUGUGUUUAAAAUGGAACAAAAAAAAGAUGCAUCGGUGCUUUCCAAUCAGUUUCAGUCAUCAAUAGGCAUUUCUAGAAAUAUAAUCCGCUCCUGGUUAGGAGAAGAAGCUCAUUCAAUCGAUAAUGAAGGUUCCAAUGAAGAAGUCAAAUUACAAGCAAGACCGUCGCGCUUAGGAUUGGGAGCCAUGGCCAAGGAAUCCUCUGCCAAUUCCCAAUUUGCUUUCAAGAAUGAGCGUUUGAAAAGCCUUCCAGCUACACUGAGGAAAAAAAUUGAACGACAAUUGCAAAAGAAAGAGUCAGUGAAAAGCAAUGCAGGAACAGAACAAUCUUCUCAAAAGAGGAAGAGAGAAACAGAAAGAGAUACAUUGAAAGGUCAAGAGAAUGACGCCGUUGAUGAGGGCGAAGAGGAAGAUGAGGACUCCAGAAUUCAGGUAGCAAAUAAAUCCAAGCGCAAUAUUAACCAAGGAUCUGGAUUCGACUUGUAUAAAAGACUCAAUAAACGGAAAUAAAGAUGUGUCUCAUUCGACACAUUCUCAAUAAGGUAUUUAUAGGGGCGACUUAUUAUGACAUCGGGGGACAACGGUUUUGUUUAAUGGAAAGGAACAAAUAAAAGAUUUUUGCCUUAACGAGUAUGUACAGAUGAAGUUACUAAGAACACGCAAAUGUAUAAACUAUUAGAGCCAGUUUCAAUUUAGGGAAAUCCAAAUAUAUAAAAAGGUUUUUAUGUGUAGGGAAAUCUUAUACCCAAAAGGGAGGGAGGGUUGUUAUUAAAUAAAAGGACAAAAAAUUUAAAAUGUAAUUAGUUUUUUUUUUUCUGAUUUUCACAUCCAAAUAGGGAUUUUUCAACAUGCUUUUUUUAAGUCACGCACC